CAACUUUUGCCAAAUCACGUCAGCCGGUGCAACUUUUGCCGCUUGCGGUGCCGUACGUCCUCUCCUGCUCGUCGAUAGAGUCCAGCUUAGCUAUGGCGACAAGGCCGCCCCACCGACCGCCGCUUGUGCAAUCACCCUCCCUCCUGCUGCUUCUCCUCCUCCUAGUCCAUCCUUUCCUCUCCGCCGCGACGCCGUCUAUCACCACCAAAGCCGUGCCGCGGCUGCCGGGUUUCUCCGGACCCCUGCCCUUCUCCCUCGAAACUGGGUACGUGGCGCUGGACGACGGCGUCCGCCUCUUCUACUACUUCAUCCAGUCGGAGCGCGACCCGGCGGAGGACCCCGUACUGCUCUGGCUCACCGGCGGGCCCGGCUGCUCCGCCCUCUCCGGCCUCGUCUACGAGAUCGGCCCUUUCUACUUCGACUUCCAUGGCUACACGGGAGGCCUGCCUACUCUGCUUUACAAGCCAGCAUCUUGGACCAAGGUUAGCAAUGUCAUCUUUGUGGAUGCUCCGGCAGGGACAGGCUUCUCAUAUGCGACCGGAGACAAGAGAACCAUACCCAGUGACACAAUUGCUAUUCAACAGCUGCACGUCUUCCUCGAAACGUGGUUUGGUGAGCAUCCACAGUUCUUGUCGAAUCCGCUCUACAUUUCGGGUGAUUCAUAUAGCGGUAUAAUCAUACCUUCUCUUGCUAUGAAAAUUGCUAAAGGGAUAGAAGUUGGUGAUGAGCGGCUCAUUAAUCUCAAGGGUGUCAUUGCUGGCAAUCCAUUGACUGAUACAACGACGGCCUUCAACGCUCGAAUUCCAUUUCUUCAUGGGAUGGGAAUUAUACCAGAUGAAAUCUACGAGGCUGCUCGUGAAGGCUGUGGAGGAGAAUAUCGCUGGCCAUCGAACUCCCAUUGUGCCAAUUCCCUCCAAGACAUCCAAGAGUGCAUGAGGGGCUUAAACGAUGUACACGUCUUGGAGAAAAUCUGUCCAGAAUAUCCAAGCCUCGCCCUUCAAAAGCAGCCGACGUCGCAGGAUCAUGGAAGAAGAAGGCUAACAGAGUCCGCAGUUUCGUCUCUGUGCAGGAAUGCCACAUACUUCUUGUCCGAGUUGUGGACAAAUGACGAAGCUGUAAGGGAGAGUUUGGCUAUUCACAAGGAAACCGUUCCAUCAUGGCUACGAUGUGAUUUCAAUCUACCUUACACAUAUGAAAUCAGCAGCACCGUUGAUGAUCAUUUAGCCUUGAUUACUAAAGGAUACCGGGCUAUGAUAUACAGUGGAGAUCAUGACAGUAAAGUAUCUUAUGUCGACACCCAAGCAUGGAUCAGACGACUUAACCUGCCCAUCACGGACCGUUGGCGACCAUGGCAUCUGGACGACCAAAUUGUGGGGUACACAAGAACUUACUCCAACAAUUUGACAUACGCAACUGUAAAGGGUGCCGGCCACACAGCCCCGGAGUACAUGCCAAGGGAGUGUCUGGCUAUGAUCGAUAGAUGGCUUUCCGGUCAACCUCUUUGAGCAAUCAACUGAUGUGAUGCUGUGGCAGUGCGGAGAUUGGUAAUGUGUAUUGCGAGUAACAGAUGAGAGAAUAAACAUGUAAGAUGAAAGAUGUUGUCGUAUAGUGUGUGUUGUAUUGAGGCUUUCAAGGGGUAACAGGGUGGUCGCUUUCAUUGAGUUGUAGGGGAACUGGCUUAUGAAUUCCGGUGGAAAUGAAUAAAUAAGAACCCGCCGGAGAAAAAAGCUCUUGGAAACUAUUUUCUUGUCCUAUUCAUUUCAGAUUAUGAGAUUUGGGAGGGCCUAUUUUCA